GUAUAAUAUGUACAAGUAUAGUACAAGUAAAGUAUCAUACACGAUAUACGUGUUUUUUGAAUCCAGAAUAGAUAUAUUUGUUGUAUUUUAUAGAAAAUUACUAAAUGCAUUCAAAACCCAAACUUUUGAGCUGCUCAUUAACCGAUUUCGCCUACGAAAAAGUGAACGAUUUCCAAAACUAGCUUAUUCGCUGUUUGUUUUAUAAACAAUUCACUCGCUUUAUCACUUCGCUGAUACAACAUUUAUUUUGUGGAGAGAUAUUUCCUUUUUACGAGAACCAGAGAAGAGCGCGAGUCUCACACCUCUGAUAGCCGGUUAAUGUGAUAUAUUGCAUUCGCUUGAGUUAGUUUGCCUGUGCGCUUUGGAGCUGUUAUACGCCGUACUUUAAACUCAACUAUAAAAGAUGUUUAACAUAUUUCGAGAUGUGGCUGAUUUCCUACAUGUGGCAGCCUUACUUAUACUGCUGAUGAAACUGUGGCGUACUAAAUCAUGCGCAGGAAUUUCAGGGAAAACCCAAAUCUUAUAUGCGAUCGUGUUUACCAUGCGCUACGCGGAUUUGCUUUCGGAGAAUCAUUACCACAGCUACUAUGUGACAACGAUGAAGAUCUUAUUUAUUGUAGCUAGCUACAGUAUCGUAUAUAUGAUCUACAGUCCAUACAAAAAAACCUACGACCGGGAAAAUGAUCUGAUCUACAACGAGUUUUUGGUAGUACCAUGCUUCGUGCUGGCACUAUUCCUGGCGGCUCAACAAAACCCCAUGGAAAUAAUGUGGACAUGUUCAAUCUUCCUGGAGGCGAUCGCGAUUAUACCGCAACUUGAACUACUGUGCAAAGUUAAUUUCAUAGACAACUACACGGUCUGCUAUUUACUUUCGCUUGGAUUAUAUCGAGCAAUGUACAUCAUCAACUGGGUCUAUCACUUCAGUUAUGGGGGAUAUUUGGAUCCGAUUGCAUUUUUCUCUGGAGCUGUACAGACCAUUUUAUUUGCAUUAGUCUUCGUGCGUCUGUUUUCCCUGAAACAUCGCGAAAAGCGCACUAUGGUCAGUGUUGUUAUAUAAGUGUAUGUUUUGCACAAGCGUUGCUUAGUGAAGGAGUGACGCAUUGCCAGGACGUAUCACAAUAAUGUGUUUGCUCUUGAUCAAUUACUUAGUUUUGCACAAAACAAGUUUAUGAAUCUCUAGAAUAAUUUGCUGUAUAAUAUAUCUAUUCUCGCUUAGAUAUUCAACGAUAUAAAUUCAUGUUAACAUUGUUAAAACACGACUAAUUUUAUUUUGCUGAAAUAAAUUGAAAAAAAGUAAUUUACUACUAAA